AUCUUUCUAAUUGCUUUCAGCUGAUGUUAUGGUGAACGAUAGUCCCGUACACUUAACCAUCUGUGAUACAGCUGGACAAGAUACAUUGGAUCCUUUGCGUGAGCUGUGUUAUCCGGACAGCGAUGUUUUCUUAUUAUGUUUCUCAGUGGCAAAACCGGAAACGUUUCAUGCCAUCAAAACGAAAUGGGCACCGAAAUUCACAAAAACAAAGGCAACAUUGAUAUUGGUCGGAACUCAAGCAGAUUUGCGUACAAAUACGAAUGUGCUGAAUAAAUUGCAGACAAAAGGCGAGAAGCCAGUAACGUACACGGAUGCCUGGGACCUAGCAACUACAAUUGGCGCAAAAUACAUUGAGACUUCGUCAGCAACACAGGACAAAGUCAAGGAAGUUUUCGAUACAGCGAUUUGGGAAGGCUUAGUACCAAAGACAUUACCGCCAACACCAGCGCCGCUUUGGAAAAAGAUUUUCUGUUUAGCAUAAGUAAAAUAAAUUUAAAAGUACUUUUUGGCUAAAUAUUAACUCAUAUCUUAAUAUAAAAUUAUUUUGUAUUCAU